AUUCGAAGGGGAAAAAAUAUCCUUCUUUUUUUUAUUCUGUGAAGGAGAGGGAAAAAGGAAAGCAAAAGCUGCUUCGUCUCCACACGCCUUGGAUUUUCUAUUUGAUUUUCUCUCAUUUUCUCAUACACCAAACAUCAUAGCGACACCACACCAGACCCCCACUUUCAUCCCUCUCCACAAACAUCUCUCCUUCCCAGGGUUUUAGCCCCAUCUCAGACCCUACUCCACCGAUAUUCUAUUUCGUUUUUUUCUCUCUUCCGCUUGGUUUUCUCUCAUUUUCUCAGACUCCAAGCAAGCAUCGUAGUGGCGGCUGGGAGGCUUCUUUCUUCUUCGUGAGCCUCUCGUCAUUUCUAGGGUUUUAUCCGAAUCUCACACCGUAAACAUCAUUUUUUCUGUUUGAUUUUCUCUUCUUGAGAUUUUCUGUUUGUUUUUUUUUGGCAUUUCUUCGGACGCUGGACGCCUUUGUGACGCCAGGCCAGCUUCUUUCUUCUUCUUAAACCUUUCGUCAUGUCUAGGGUUUAAGCCGAAUCUCGUACAUUACACGUCGUUUUUCUGGUUGAUUUUCUCUUAUUUUCCGUUUUCUAGGGCUUUUCCGGUGUAGAUCGACCGGAGUUUCGAAGAAUUUCUCUGAAAAUUUCAAGUUUCGGAAAGUUUGUUUUGUGUUUUUCUAUGUUAAGGGUAAGAUCUGAUAGUGGCAAAGUGAUUUAUUGAGUAAUUUCGGGUCAGAAGAUUUUCCUGCCGUUUCGACAUCAUUGUUUUUGGAUCAGUAUAGUGCUUAAGUUUUGAAGUGUUUGGUGCAUUUUGUCCGAAUCAAUUUGGAUUGGAGUUGUAUUUUUUAGGAGAUGUUUGAUGAUUGCAACGGUUUUUGAUGUUGAAGUACUUAAUAGUGACUGAAGACUGAAGAGCACUAGAGUCUGCAUCGAAAAUUAUGGUCCCCGCCAAUAGGCUAAGCUGAUAAGCUGCCUUGUGGGGCCUUGUUAAAGCUUGACAAACCUUUUGGAGGAGAAAAGCAAGGCUUUUUGAUCUAAAUCUUUUAUCAUAAAUGGCAUCAUCCAAGACUAGUUCGCCAGGAUCCCAAAACUCUUCAGAGAAAAUGCCGAAGAGCUUUGCCUCAGAGUCACGGUCUCCACCUUCCCUCCAGUCCAUCAAAUCACUGCCUGUUGGUUUUAGGUUUACAGGUUCACCUACUUCUGGUGUCUCUGGACAAUCUGAUGAUGUAAAUACAGAAAAUAGUGAUGUGAUCUGUGAUAGUAUUCCUGAAAACGGUGAUUUAAGUGGUGAGGUGGUUGGGGCAAUUGAGGAUGGUGCUGGAGAGAUGGACCAGGCUAGUGAUGAUACACCCUAUGAUAGGAAAACCAUAGCCAUUGAUGAAAGACCUUCGGUGGGUGAUGAAGACUUGGGUUUUGUGGCUCCUCAUUUGCGUUCAGUGGCACCAUCUCGAUCUGAAUUCAGGUGGGCCGAUACCACAUCCUAUGCUGCAAAGAAGAAGCUUCAAUCUUGGUUUCUACUUCCAAAUGGAAACUGGGAGCUGGGCAAGAUAUUGUCUACUUCAGGGACUGAGACUGUUAUUUCACUGCCUGAGGGAAAAGUUUUAAAGGUGAAUACUGACAGCCUGUUACCUGCAAACCCCGAUAUACUUGACGGUGUAGAUGACCUUAUGCAACUUAGUUACUUAAAUGAGCCAUCGGUGUUGUACAAUCUUCAACAUAGAUACAAUCAAGAUAUGAUUUAUACCAAAGCAGGACCAGUUCUGGUUGCCAUCAAUCCCUUUAAGGAAGUUCCGUUGUAUGGAAAUGAUUAUAUUGAUGCGUAUAAGCGUAAAUCAAUUGAGAGCCCACAUGUCUAUGCCAUCACUGACACAGCCAUCCGUGAAAUGAGACGAGAUGAAGUAAAUCAAUCUAUUAUUAUCAGUGGUGAAAGUGGAGCAGGGAAAACUGAGACGGCAAAGAUAGCAAUGCAAUAUUUGGCUGCCCUUGGUGGCGGUAGCGGAAUAGAAUAUGAGAUAUUGAAAACAAAUCCUAUCUUGGAGGCCUUUGGUAAUGCAAAAACAUCCAGAAAUGACAACUCAAGUCGCUUUGGAAAGCUGAUUGAGAUUCACUUUAGUGAAACUGGGAAAAUAUCGGGUGCCAAGAUUCAAACCUUUUUACUUGAAAAGUCUAGAGUGGUCCAAUGUGCAGAAGGAGAGAGGUCAUAUCAUAUAUUUUAUCAACUCUGUGCUGGAGCUCCACCAGCUCUUAGAGAGAAAUUGGAUUUGAAGAGUGCAUAUGAGUAUAAGUAUUUGAAGCAGAGCAAUUGCUACUCAAUUACUGGGGUUGAUGAUGCUGAGCAAUUUCGCAUUGUUGUGGAAGCUUUGGAUAUUGUUCAUGUCAGCAAAGAGGACCAAGAGAGUGUAUUUGCCAUGCUUGCUGCAGUUUUGUGGAUGGGAAAUGUCUCGUUUACUGUGACUGAUAAUGAAAACCAUGUUGAAGCUGUGGCAGAUGAAGGUCUGACCAAUGUUGCUAAGUUGAUUGGAUGUGAUGUUGGGGAUCUAAAGCAAGCUUUAUCUACUCGCAAGAUGAGAGUUGGAAAUGAUAAUAUUAUUCAAAAGCUAACUCUAUCGCAGGCCAUUGACACAAGAGAUGCUUUGGCGAAAUCAAUUUAUGCUUGUUUAUUUGACUGGCUGGUCGAACAAAUCAACAAGUCACUUGCUGUAGGAAAACGGCGUACUGGCAGAUCCAUUAGCAUUCUUGAUAUCUAUGGAUUUGAAUCAUUCGAUAGAAAUAGCUUUGAGCAGUUCUGCAUAAAUUAUGCAAAUGAGAGGUUGCAGCAGCACUUUAACCGUCAUUUAUUCAAGUUAGAGCAAGAGGAAUAUAUCCAAGAUGGAAUUGACUGGAAUAGAGUUGAUUUUGAGGACAAUCAAGACUGUCUAAAUCUUUUUGAGAAGAAACCAUUAGGUCUAUUGUCUCUGUUAGACGAGGAGUCCACCUUCCCUAAUGGCACAGACUUGACCUUUGCAAACAAGCUUAAGCAGCAUCUGAAUUCUAAUUCUUGUUUCAGAGGAGAACGAGGAAAAGCUUUUAGUGUCUGUCAUUAUGCAGGAGAGGUCAUGUAUGAUACCACUGGGUUUCUAGAGAAGAACAGAGAUUUGUUACACUUGGAUUCCAUUCAACUUCUAUCUUCUUGCACAUGCCAUCUGCCCCAAAUCUUUGCAUCCAAUAUGCUUACUCAAUCUGAGAAGCCUGUUGUUGGCCCUUUAUAUAAGUCAGGUGGAGCGGAUUCCCAGAAGCUAAGUGUUGCAACAAAAUUUAAGGGUCAACUGUUCCAACUGAUGCAGCGUCUUGAGACCACAACACCACAUUUCAUUCGUUGCAUUAAGCCCAACAAUUUUCAGUCUCCUGGAAACUAUGACCAAGGACUUGUACUGCAGCAACUAAGAUGUUGUGGAGUCCUAGAAGUAGUUAGAAUAUCGAGGUCGGGCUUUCCAACUCGGAUGUCUCAUCAGAAGUUUGCUAGAAGGUAUGGUUUUCUUCUACUGGAGGGUGUUGCAUCUCAAGAUCCACUUAGUGUUUCAGUUGCAAUCCUUCAUCAGUUCAAUAUUCUGCCUGAGAUGUAUCAAGUUGGCUACACAAAAUUGUUUUUCCGAACGGGACAGAUUGGUGUCCUUGAGGAUACAAGAAACCACACUCUCCAUGGCAUUUUACGUGUUCAAAGUUGCUUCAGAGGUCACCAAGCUCGUUGUCAUCUCAGGGAUCUUAGGGGAGGAAUUGCGACUCUUCAGUCAUUUGUUCGUGGUGAAAAAACCAGAAAGGAAUUUGCAAUCUUACUGCAGAGACACAGAGCUGCUGUGGUUAUACAAAAGCAGAUUAGAAGCAGGAUCGGCCGGAAAAAAUUCAUGAGCAUUUAUGAUGCAUCCAUAGUGAUACAAUCAGUUAUUCGUGGCUGGUUAGUCCGAAGGUGCUCAGGAGAUCUUGGGUUACUCACUGUUGGCGGCAGAAAGGAUAAAGAGUCAGAUGAAGUGCUGGUAAAGUCAUCAUUCCUUGCUGAACUACAGCGCCGAGUUCUGAAAGCUGAGGCUGCUCUGAGAGAGAAAGAAGAGGAGAACGACAUCCUCCACCAACGCCUGCAACAGUAUGAGAAUCGCUGGUCCGAAUAUGAGCUGAAAAUGAAGUCCAUGGAAGAAGUGUGGCAGAAACAAAUGAGGUCUCUACAAUCCAGCCUCUCCAUUGCAAAGAAGAGCCUAGCCAUGGAUGAUUCCAGGAGAAACUCUGAUGCGUCGGUCAAUCUAACCGAUGACAGGGACUCCAGCUGGGACACAGGCAGCAACUUCAGGGGCCAGGAGAGCAAUGGGAUGAGACCAAUGAGUGCAGGCCUGACGGUCAUAAGCCGGAUGGCUGAAGAAUUCGAGCAGCGGAGUCAAGUGUUUGGGGACGAUGCCAAGUUCCUGGUGGAAGUAAAAUCCGGUCAAACUGAGGCAAGCCUCAACCCAGACCGGGAACUCAGACGGUUGAAGCAGAUGUUUGAAGCUUGGAAGAAGGAUUACGGGUCAAGGCUCCGGGAAACAAAGGUGAUAUUGCAGAAGCUGGGAAACGAAGAAGGGAGUGGUGAUAAAGCGAGAAAGAAAUGGUGGGUGAGGAGGAACAGCUCCAGGUUCAAUUAAAACUACAUUUUAGGCAAUUGGAUUAUUACAAAUUGUCUUAUUGUUUGUGGUAAGGAGGUUGUUAGUUAUUUGUGGUGGUAUAGAGGUAUUGUGAGAGAGAGUUUUGUCAUUACAAGCGAUAUGGUGAAAUGCAAAGCCCAGUAAUUCCAUUAUGUAUAUCAUUUUUUUCUUUUGUUUAUUGAAAGUGGAAGCUGUAAAUUAUGCCUUUUCAAGUCACUCGGAAAGUUGAGAUAUGGUUGGUGAAUAGCUAGGAAAAUUGUUGUUUUGGAUGUCA